AUGCAGGUGAUGCAACUCGAGGUGCACUACGCCCCAUAUCCCACCGGGCAGAUUAAUGAAUUUGAGUCCUGUAACACUGCACCGAGAGCGGACGUAGAUAGCAGGACGCUGCGUGAAAAGAGCAGCUUCUGGCAGGAUGUGCAAGCCGCAUUCGUACAGAGAAGAGUAAAUCCAUCGCUGGUCAAGCCACACUCGUCUAAGAAGCUGUACGACAUGUCGAAAGAGAUUAUUCGACUUUACUUCUCCGCGGAUGAACGAAUUACAGCUUCGGGCCAGAAUGAAAACGACUUUCCAAACUCUGUAAACAAGAACGGAGCUGUCCCUUACCUGCGCAAUGGCUGA